AUGAGAGUUCUCCCUACCACGCUCCUUAUCGGAGCAACAGCUGCGGCUGUCAAUCCAGGCCAGCAGGUCCUCCAAGCUCCAGAUGAAGUCGUUGAGAGUACUCAUGAAGCCGCUCCUAAGCUAGCCGAGGCUCUGUCACAGCCUCUUCGAGAGCUCAAGGAUGAGCUCAAGUCUCUGACUGCCGAAGCCGAGCAAGCCUGGGAAGAAGUUUCGAGCCUCUUCCCAGGCUCCUUGGAAAACAUUCCAUUCUUCUCCGCUGCUAAGAAGCACACUCGCCGACCCGACUCACACUGGGAUCAUAUUGUCCGGGGUGCCGAUGUCCAAAGCGUCUGGGUUGAAAAUGCCAACGGAGAGAAGGAGCGAGAGGUCGGCGGCAGACUCGAAACAUACGACUUGCGUGUCAAGUCUGUUGAUCCGAGUGCGCUCGGAAUCGACCCCGAUGUCAAACAGUACAGUGGCUACCUGGAUGAUAAUGAGAAUGAUAAGCACUUGUUCUACUGGUUCUUCGAGUCGCGAAAUGACCCCAAGAAUGACCCUGUCGUUCUCUGGUUGAACGGUGGCCCAGGCUGCUCAUCGUUGACUGGUCUGUUCUUUGAACUCGGACCUAGCUCCAUUGGCAGCAAUAUCAAGCCCAUUUAUAACUCAUAUGCAUGGAACUCCAACGCGUCUGUUAUUUUCUUGGACCAGCCCGUCAAUGUCGGCUUCUCCUAUAGUGGUAGCUCUGUUAGCGAGACUAGCGCUGCUGCUAAAGACGUUUAUGCUCUCCUCACCCUUUUCUUUAAGCAGUUCCCUGAAUAUGCUGGCCAGGACUUCCACAUUGCAGGCGAGUCUUACGCUGGUCACUACAUUCCCUCCUUUGCGUCCGAGAUUCUCUCCCACAAGAAGCGCAACAUCAACCUCCAGUCUGUCCUCAUUGGUAACGGUCUUACUGAUGGUUACACUCAAUAUGAGUACUACCGCCCAAUGGCUUGCGGUGACGGUGGCUAUCCUGCCGUUCUUGACGAGAGCACCUGCCAGUCUAUGGAUAACGCUCUCAGUCGCUGCCAGUCCAUGAUUCAGGCUUGCUACGAUACUGAAAGCUCUUGGUCUUGUGUCCCGGCCUCCAUCUACUGCAACAACGCUAUGCUUGGCCCAUACCAACGCACUGGCCAGAACGUUUAUGAUGUCCGCGGAAAGUGUGGUAGCAGCAGCUUGUGCUACGAUGAUCUAGAGUUUGUCACCGAAUACCUGAACCAGCCCGAGGUUCUCAAAGCUGUUGGAGCCGAGGUUGAUAACUUUGACUCCUGCAACUUUGACAUCAACCGCAAUUUCCUUUUCCACGGUGACUGGAUGAAGCCAUUCCACAAGCUUGUUCCAGGACUCCUUGAGGAAAUCCCUGUUCUUAUCUAUGCUGGCGAUGCUGACUUCAUAUGUAACUGGCUGGGAAACAAGGCUUGGACUGAUGCCCUUGAAUGGCAUGGACAUGACGAAUAUGCCGCCACUGAGCUAGAAGAUCUUACGAUUGUUGAUCAAGAGCACAAGGGUAAGAAGAUCGGCCAGGUCAAGUCCUCCGGUAACCUCACUUUCAUGCGUCUGUUUGGUGGUGGCCACAUGGUUCCAUAUGACCAGCCCGAGUCCAGCCUUGAAUUCUUCAACCGCUGGCUCGGUGGCGAAUGGACGCAGUGA